AGACCUCGCUCCGAGGGACAACAGCUGCUGUCAGUGUUUUUAUCAGGAACUGGAGCUGGAUGCUAAAGAGAGAAGACCAUUCAGUUUGAGUUAGGAGAACUUGACCACCGCUCCACGAACGACUCGGUCCGUUGGUCCGGAGGCCAGCGACGGUUCUACUCGAGUUCCUCUUGCAGCGUCCGUGUGGAGGAAAAGGAUGGUGUGGUCUUCGUCGCAGCAGGUGGUAGUCGCCUUCACGGUGGUGCUCUUCUCGGUUGUCGUCCUGCCGAGGAUGCUGGGGGUCGGGUCGGGCCCCGCGGGGACGGAGACCCGGGGCUUCGACCCCCGGUAUCACAGAAAAGCCAGGCCAAGCGGGGGGGUCAGGGGUCAGGCUGGCGCCCAGACCACGGAGAACCUGCAGCAGAUGAAGGUGAUGAUGGAGCAGGAGAUGAAGAGCGACAAGUACAAAGGCAGCAGCAACAAGGGCUACGUCUUCACCCUGAUGCCACUGUACGCCAUAGGUGUAGGCGUGUUCGCCGCCUACAAGUUCCUCAAGAUGAAAGCGGCGGACCAGUCCCAGACCGACCAGGACAAGGUGGAGAAGGGAGCCCGCAAGUCAGCGGAGGCAGAGAAGCAGCUGAACGAGCUGGAGCAGCGACUGGCCCAAACAGAGAAGAUGCUGAACUCCAUCCUGGGACAGCUGGACCCCCUGACCAACUGUGUUAAGUCGGUGGCUCAGGAGCAGAAGAAUGAGAUCAUGUCUCAGCUGCAGACGAUCCGCUCCCUGAUGAAGAAGAGGGGCAUGGAGUGUCCGGCCAGCGGCUCCCCAGAGGGGACCAGUCAGGGCAACCUUGACAAGCUCAUCGAGUCGCUGGCAGCUCGUGAGGCCACGCCCUCAGAAGAGGCCACCCCCUCUGAAGGGGCCACGCCCUCAGAAGAGGCCACGCCCACAGGCGAAGAGCUGAUUGGCCAAGGGCAGGCCGAAGACUUUUUGGGGGUGGAGCCGGAGCUUCAGGAAGAGGAGGAGCAGAACAGAAGAGGACGAGUAGAGGAGGACAUGGAGGAGGAGGAGAGAGGAGAGGAGGAGGAGGAGGAGGAGGAGGAGGCUCCAACCACUCUCCAGGUUCCUCUGGAGAGGGGUGUGGAGAACGUCUUUGAGGAACUUCCUGUCUGUGAGGAACUCUCUGCCUCUGUGCGGCGCCGGCACCCCCGGCCACAAUAGAGUGCGUCACGUUUCCAUAGCAACCGAUUUUCGGUUCUACGCAAACCAAAUGAACAGGGGGAAAUCCUAUGCCACAUGAACGUUUUAUAGAAAAGGAACGAUUUUUUUGCGAAUUGAUUUGCGAGUUUGAUUAACCAAUGAUGUAAGUAAUAUUGAGAAUAGAUUGUCUUCAUAUAAAAAGAAUAAUAAUAAACUAACGUUAACAAACUUUUCCUUUUAGUACCCAAGGGGAAUACAUGAACGCCUCGACAUGUUUCGAUUGGUAGUGAUUUUCACCUCUUCAAAGUGAUUUAUUUUCAUUUUGAAAGAAACAACACAUGGAAGCAAUGGAAAACGCCAUCUCUCGUUUAGGUUGUUUAGAACAGAAAAUCCGGUUGACAGGACAACGUGACGUUUAUACUUUAGUACUCUGAGACUCCUGACCCUCACAGAAUGUGGUCACAUCGUUGUUAUUAUCAUAUAUUACAUACAUUAUCAUUACUGCUGACCGCCCUUAUUUUGAAGUGUCAAAAGUAUGACGAUAAUAAUCUAGAACAUCCUGUGUUUGACUUUGAAGACGUGUUCUGCUUCAAUCGUGCCUGGCUCCAGCCUAACCUUCAGGCUACUAUCAUAUCCACUAACUCCUUUGUUUAUGUGGUUGCUAUCGAAAUUAUUUGUUGUAAGUUAUUUUCGAGUGUGUUUGCAUGUGUAUUUAUUUGUGUUUUUGUUGUUAUUUCAGUAGCGGUACACUAGAUGGCGCUCUUUGCCAAAGAAAGCUACUGCCAAGUUGUUCCACAAAGCCAGACGUGUUCUUAUUUUAAUUUCUUCCGGACCAAGCUAGCAGCUUGCAGUUCUUUAUUCUCUUUUAGUUUCAUUCACUCCUGAGCUGACAUUCAGAUUAAUUUGCUUUCAGUCUGAAAGUUAUGAACACAAACCCCUUGAGGAAUUUUAUGAGCAUUUGCGAUAUUCUUCCAUUACAGUUGCCAUGCUUCAAUCCUUGAUGGAUCUGUCUCUAUCACUCUUAAUUUAUAUCUUUCGUGCCAGAUGUGAUUUGUGUGUGAAGUCAGUGUGACUGACUCCUACAAAAUAAACGGAUAGUGGGUGAUGGUUACUGUCUGAAUUGAUCCAAGUUGUGCUAC